AUGAAGUUUACUGUUUUUACUAUUUCACUCCUAUUCCUGCUUGCUGUUUACGUUCAAGCUAGGGACAGUGAUAUCGAUGAUGAAGCCUAUGAGACUGAGAAAGUGAGCUAUUGUCCACGUCGUGAGAAGUGGUACAAGUGUGGAAAUGGAUGUGAGAGAAGUUGCACGAAUCCAACCCUUUCUCCAAAGUGUGGACGUCCAUGCAUUCCUCACAUGUGCCGUUGUAAGCGUGGAUAUAUCCGCGAUAACCAGGGAAGCGGACGAUGCGUCAAACCGCGCGAUUGCCAGAAAUGGUAG